AUCAGAAGCCAAGCUCAAAGUAGCUGUAGCCAAACAUGAAGAGGAGUCAUCACGAGCGAUAUGUCUGCAAGUUCUUUUUCCAUACCUGCUGGCUGGGAUGGGAAUGGUGAUGGCAGGAAUGGUGCUGGAUCAUGUACAGGGAGAUACGGCCCCGCCUUUUCAUGUACUACGUCACAGCAAAGUGAAGCGGAGGAGAGAGAGCAACACCACCAGCCUGAUGCUGUCCAGCAGAGGAGGAACACUGGAGCCACUCAGAUACCAGCUGCCGCAUCUUGUGACAGGGGCUUUUGGAUUACUUAUUGACAGCACGGACCUGUUUUGUUUUCUUUUUUUUUUUCCCCCCUCACUGAGAAAGAGAGUGAGACCAGAUGGACAGUAGUCGAAACACUGCUCGCUCCAGACAGAUUGGAUUCAGUCUUUCAUUAAACUGUCAACUAUAUAAUUUUAGUGAGUGAUGUGGCUGUGGUUCCGCUCAGGAGAUCAAAAUGAGGACUAAAUGCAAUGAGGACUGCGCGGAAAUCUGUACUUUUGUCAUUUCAACCUUUAUUUUCAUUUGAACAACUUUUUAUUUUUGUCCUGAAAGCCUGAUCAGUUAAAACCAUUUCGAACAUGUUAGGCGAGAUUUGGAUCGUACAUGCCGGGCAAUAAUUGUGAGUUUUUGAGCAAUGGAUGGGGAAUAGUGUUAAACCAAGUGCUGCUGCUAAAUGGAUCGUCACUGCUGACUCACCACUGGGUCACAGAUGCCGCGCAUCGUUUUAUGGCAGGUUGAAAAGUAACCUUGAACUCGGUCUCCUUAAGAAUGUAAUGAAAGCACAGAUUUACAAUAUUUUACUCGUUACCGAAAUCUAGUUGUCAAAGUUCUAAAAAAAAAAAAAAAAAAACACCCUAAAACUGUCCUCGUAACUUUAAAUGCGUAUAUGACAGAAUGUAAACCCUAAUGUGUCACUCGGAUGUGACUGUGGAUUAUGUUGUUUGUUUGUUUUUUAAAUACUGCAAAUUAUCCUUUUAAUCACUUUUUUCAACACUUUUGAAUGAAGCUUCUUAGCUGUCAGGUUUCACUGGAUCCAUUUUGCUAACAUCACAAGAUGUAAACGAUCCCUGUAACUGUGUGUAGUGUUGUGUUUUAUCUUAAAUUUAAAUAUGCUGAAAGUUAGAUAAUUUAACUGACACACAUCUUUGGUUUAUUUCUUGAAUGAAACCUUAAACUCCACUUAAACGGAAUGGUGGGGGCGGGGGGGACACAGUCAUUGUAAAUUAAAUCUACCUCAAAUUUAAAUUUAGCAUGAUGGAUUAAAUGUAUUUCAUGCUUUUAAGUGAGGCUUGGAGGUUAAUGUUGUUGCUUUCACUCAUCAAUCAAAUGCCCAGACAGAUUAGGAGACAUUGAAUUGACUUUUUUGUUUGUUUGUUUGUUUUUGCCUUUAUUGUUGCUUCAUUUUGUGUUAGCUUCUCAAGGAAGAAGCUGUUUCUAUUUUUGGACUUUUCAUAACGUCGUACUUUAUUUAUGGACAGACCGCAAGAUCUGAUCGGUUCUCACAUUGGAGCUGAAGACAUCGAUUCUUUUUCUCGAAUUUCUUUCUUGCCUCCACCGCCUCAACUCCCAACUUUCACAUUUCCUGGGAUGGCACGACGACAUUAACCUGAGAUAACCCCUUCACACGACAUGGCUGUGACUCAUCUCAAGCUGGAGCUGCGCUACCACGGAAAUAAGUUACGUAGUGUGACAUGGAAGCUGACACACUCGGAACACGGUUUUCUACCUGAGCGCGCUUGGAUCAUUGCGCUGCAGGUCUUGGUGCCAUUCCUGAUCUCAGGACUCGGGUUGGUCUUCGCUGGUGUCGUCAUGGACCUGAUACAACACUGGGAUGUGUUCAAGGUCAUCACAGAGGUGUUUAUUCUCGUCCCUGCGCUCGUCGGACUCAAGGGAAACCUGGAGAUGACCCUCGCUGCUCGCCUCUCCACUGCGGCCAACACAGGACAAAUGGACGACCCGAAUAAGCAAUGGACCAUGGUGUGCGGCAAUCUUGCACUAAUACAGGUCCAAGCGACUGUAGUGGGCUUCCUUGCGGCUGUUGCGGCUGUGUGUUUAGGAGCAAUUUCCAGAGGGGGGGUUGAAUUUAACCAAGCAGCUGUUCUGUGCGCUAGUAGCAUUAUCACCGCAUUUGUGGCAGCUCUCUCUUUAGGCUUGUUAAUGAUUGGAGUGAUCAUAGGGUCCAGGAAGGUAGGAAUCAACCCGGAUAAUGUGGCCACACCUAUUGCUGCCAGUUUGGGUGAUUUGAUCACCCUCUCCCUGCUGGCUGGCGUCAGCAGCACCCUUUAUGAACACAUAGAGACAUGGUACCUCUCCCCCCUGGUGUGUCUGGUCUUCUUGGCUCUUAUUCCACUUUGGGUUGUGGUGGCCCGGCAGAACCCUCAGAGUCGAGAAGUUCUCUGUUCAGGGUGGCAACCUGUUCUCAUAGCCAUGUGUAUCAGCAGCCUUGGAGGUGUGAUACUGGACAAGACGGUCAGUAAUCCUAGCUUUGAGGGGAUGGCUGUUUUUACACCAGUUAUCAACGGUGUUGCUGGCAAUUUAGUAGCCAUCCAGGCCAGCAGACUGUCGACCUACCUCCAUCUCUGGAGCAUCCCAGGAGUGUUGCCAUACAAGAUGAGGCAGCAUUGGCCCAAUCCCUACAUGACUUUCUUUUCCUCGGGUUUGAACUCCAAAUCGGCACGCGUGCUGCUGAUGCUGGUCAUGCCCGGUCACCUGGUCUUCCUCUACGCCAUCUCUUUGUUGCAGGGAGACGAGGUGGCAAUCACAUUCGCCUUUGCUGCUUGCUACCUGUGCGCUGCUCUGCUGCAGGUGGCCAUCUUACUUUAUGCGGCUGACCUGAUUGUUCGCACGAUGUGGCGACGUUCGCUGGACCCCGACAACUUCUCCAUCCCGUACCUGACAGCCCUGGGAGACCUGCUGGGCACCGGCUUUCUGGCCCUGUGCUACCGUCUGUCAACGGUUCACAGUCAGCCGCUGUGACUCAGCUUCGCUGACUCAGCGAAGCUGAGCGCCCCCCCACUGUUACUUUUCAGACACAUAUCAGGACAAUACAGGAAGAAAGAUUUCUCUGACCCAAACACACUCGGAAAUGCUACAUAGACCAUAAAUAAUCUGUGUAAUGUUUCCGUCUGUGUUUGUGUGUUCUGUAAAUAAUAUUUAUUUACAGCACAUCGAUUAAUCACAGAAAUGGGGGGCAUCUCUGUAUUUCCAAGAGUGGUGUAGUUUAUUUUGCAUUCUCUCUUCCUCCACUCUGCCCUUGCUUUGACAAGAUAUGAGUUGGAGGCGACACGGGGUGGAGGGGCUUAACACUUCUGCUGAAUUCCACCCGUGUGACCACAUGACACCACAUGAAUCGUGAGUAUGACUCCAUCAACGUCGGACAUUUGAACAUUUGUUGGGAACUCGCUCCUCACCUCUUAAUUGCUCAAGGUCAGACCAUGUUGACGGCUCAAAUCCUUUUCUCAUGUUGUUUAUGUUUGAAAAUAUUUUAUAAGAAAGGAUUUGGGGAUGUUUUAUUGUCGGGUCUGUUUUUAAUGUUUGUUGCAUGGCGUGUUCACUAGAGAGCACUGUGACUCCUUUCUUGGCAACGCGUUGAUCGUCGCAGUUGAGACAAUCAUAUACCAAACUUCAGCAAGUUGUUAGCCUCCUUUAAAUUCUAAAAUUCUCAUCUCCCAUAUGCUCAAUAGCACAUUUGAAUUUGCGUUCAUUUUGUCAUGCAGCAAGAUCAAAUCCAGCAAGUAAGAACCCGUUCAUGCAAUGCUAAGAUCUCUGAAAAAAAAAAAGUUUUGAAGAUAGAUAUACGCAGCUCACUCACAAGUCUCUAGAUUGUACAUAUUACGACUCUUUAAAAAAAAAAAGAAAUAAAAAGUCUUAUUUUCCUCAGGGUUGAUAUGAGAAAUUCAUCUUCGUUGUUUUAAUAUUCAGGUAGUAUUCGACGCAGACAUUCUCACAUCAGUCAGUGUUGCAUAGCCGUGUUGUUUUUCUAGAUAGAAAAGUAGUUUGACUUUGGUUCUAAUGAACCGCUAAGAUAUGUAUUUUACAAGCGUAAAACACACACAUCACAAAAAUGCCCACACGGCUCAUUAUUCACCCCGGUGGCUCAGCUUCUACCGAAUAUCACAGCAUGAUUUCGACCUACAUUGAACAAAUAAUGCAACCAGGCACUUUCCCCAAAACAACUGCAUUUUUAUUCUUAUCAUAACUCCUCCUUGUUGGAUCAGAAAAGGACCUUGACUAGAAAGCAUAGAAACGAACAAACAAACUUCUAAUCAUG